CGAGCUUUUUGCGAGAGCCAUCGGCUCAACCUUCACCUAUACAAGCGUCUCACAGCAGACAGCCAUACACUCUGUUCAUACACAUAUUCAGUGCCCAUGGCGGCAAGGACUCUCCCCAUCGUCAUGAUCGCCCAGCUUCUUCUGCCAACUCGCGGUCGGGAGAGUGUGGCCAACAGCGCGGCGCCUGACGUGCAUCUGAUCCAGACCCAUGUCUUCGACCACGGCUCCCCCGUGCCAGCGCGCGGAUUGCCUGGUUGUGUUGAUAACGAUGCGGGCGCCGUCCAACUUGCAAAAGAUCAUGCACGUGUGGAUGACGUCAGUGGUUGCUCGGAUGUCGGGCCGUACUGUGCGGAUUCGAACUUGUCGAGCCAAGUUCUGGCAGUGUGCUGCGCCACGUGCGCCGAGGGGCCCGAUCCAGAGCCGGACGUGGUGCAUUGCCAAGAUCACUCUGAUUGCCAGGAUCAGGAAUUCUGCUACGAUGGUACGUGCGACAGCUGCAGCCAGUGCCAAUUCUGCUCCGAUGCUGCCUACGUCGACGAGUGUGGACACUGCGGGCCAGGGUUCCCCUUGCAUGAGGUAACCCCCUGUCACUUCCAUGAGUACGUGGUCACCAAAGGGGCGCUUACGGUCAUACACGCGUGGAAAAAUCUGUCUUCAGAUGAGCAGCUGCUCUUUCUCGAGAAAAAGUUUGGCGAGAUCGACAAGGAUAAGUCUUCGACCCUGGACGUGGACGAGCUAGUGGGAAGCCUUAUCGGACAGGACCUCGUUGCGAUCGAAGCAGCCAACGGCACGCUCAACACACCCUUUGACAGCGUGUUACUUCCCAGGGCUUCGGUACAAGAGUUUGUGACGAAGCACAGCGCCCGUGGGAAUGCGUUCCUGACCCUCGACGAGUGGCUCGCCACAACAUCUCAGCCUGCACAACGAACUGCAUCCCAGAAGGCGUUGCGUGGACCCUCGUGCACCUUCGAAAGCAUCUUCUCACUUCCCAGCACAUGCUCGGAAACACAAUGGGUAGACAAUUGUGGGAACUCUUGCAGCAACAGUUGUUCCAGUUGUCCUAGGUUGGCGCAUACCAACUCCAGCUCUGUUGCACGAGUUUCCCGAGAUUCGAGCUCCGUUGCGCGAACGUCCCAAGAGCUUGAAUUCUGGGGCGGGAGGCGUCGGCGUCGUUGGUGGAGCGUCGUCGAGGAUGUGGUAGACACAGUCGUCGAUGUGGUUGUUUGCACUGUGAGUUGUGUCACCAAUUGCGUGUGGUCAUGUUUCACCGAAGCAGUGGAGUACGUGUACACAUGCGUGGUCGACACUGUAGUAAAUGUGCUCAUGAGUUUCGGAGAGUGUCUGUCAGCUGUGGUGGACGCCGUCAACGAUGCGGUUGGAAACAUGUGCGGUUUCGAUCUCAUCCCCACAAGCUGUUCUGGCGUUUGGGAUUGCGUUUCGGAGGGGGCGAGCAACGCUCUCUCAUUCUUGGAAUGCGGAUUCUCGUUACUGUUGGACGUGCUCGAGAACAUGGUCAUGGCAAACCUUCGCUGUCUGCCGAACAUCGCCGACGGCAUCAGAGCUGCUCUAUUUCCCCCGGAAGCGAUAAUUGCUACUACGGUUUUCGAGGCUUUGUGGGAUUUCGGAGAGAGGGUCGUGAAUGGGAUCUACUCAGAAGCAGCGGCCGUGAGCAUCGACUUCUGUUGGAACUCAGCUCCCACCGCCGAAUUCACUGACUGCGGCGCCUUCGAUUUCGUCAGCAGCAUGACUAUUUGGGACGUGCUUGACGUGUUCGGGAUGGCCCAGCGUUUCGCGGAUACCGUUGCAAAGUUCACGAAUUGCCUUACGAAGACGACAAGCCUCCCGGGGCUUAGUUUCGGCAUCCCCACUCCUUUCCUGAACGUUGAUUGGACAGGUGGCUCGUGGUGUGCGCCAAGCUUUGUCCAAACUGCUGCCAAAGGAGUCAUUGGCGUGUUCAGGUACAUCUCUUCAGGACGGAUGCUCGAUGACCUCAUCAUUGUAGGUGACAACCUCCUCACCAAUCUUCAGACGAGGUUGGAAGCAGUGUUCUGUGACGAAGGCGACUUUACCAUCACAUUGGGCGUCGACCUCCAGUUCGGAUACGCAGUCCUUGGAAUCAAGGCCCAGGCUGGAUGUCUCAAUGGAAGAUUCGCGGCCAAGAUUGUCGGUUUUGCUACGGGCAGAAUUUCCAUCUUCGGUUCGCCGUACACGUGGACGCCAAGUGCCUCUGCGUUCUUCAGUAUCAGUUGUACGGCGGGGCCUUCCAGCUCGGAGUGGUCGUAUUGGGAGUCGUCUCUGAACGGCAUCCUGGCGUUCGAUAUUUUCUCGGGGACGGUUUCUCUGCCCCUCUAUCCACAGCCGAAGCUUGAGUUUGGCUACUCGUUCUCGCUCAAACUCUGGCCCCAACCAGCCCCUCCCCCUCGCCUGUCGCGGGGGGAGUUCAACAAGACAUCGCUGCUGCCGGCGCUGCGCCUCCUCUCUGGGGCUACGUCCGACCCCAGCUUCGGCGAAGACGUCAAGACCAAGUUCCCAGACCCCAAGCCGAUCCUCGAGGGCGCCCGCAACGGCUCGCUCGAGAGGUCCAGCAUGAACAGGAGUGCCGGUGACCUUGCUGGCAGGAUCGCCAUCUCCGUCACGAAGAACUUCUGUUUUACUUGCGACGAUUUCGGAUCGGAGCCUGCCUGGGUCACGGGACUCUCCAACAUGGCUCAGAAGUUCAACUGCGCUGUGGGCCAGGCGAUGCCAGGAGCCUCCUGGGGUGCGCUGAGCCUCGCCCAGUGUUUCGCCCUUGUGACACAGUGGGAGGCGGCCGGGAAUUAUUGUGAGUACUUGUACUCCGACUCGCCGAACGACGGCUCCGGCAUCCCGGGGACCACUUGCGCCUGUAUGCCGGCCAAUGCGAUGUCUUCCGGGGCUUGCUCCGCAGCGGUUGGAACCAGAACCAGUCAGGGGUCAGCGCAGUUCGUGACCUACCGGCAUCAGAUGCUGACUUGCGAGACUGGGAGCGGAGCGGCCUGCAAGACGUGUGUCACGCCGCAGGACCGAGUGGUGAGAGACCAGUGUGAGACCUGCAACGACGGGCACAUGUUGCUCGGCUACGUGUGCUCGGCCUUCACGCCGUCUCCGACGCCAAGCCCGACGACUUAUCCGACGCCCAGCCCGACACCGCAUCCGACGCGAAGCCCGACGCCGCAUCCGACGCCAAGCCCGACGCCAAGCCCGACGCCUCUGCCACCCGGCGCCACACAUUCUCCGACGCCAAGCCCGACGCCAAGCCCGACGUCGUUUCCGACACAGUAUCCGACGAGAAGCCCGACUUCGUAUCCGACGCCGUACCCGACGCCGUAUCCGACGCCAGACCCGACCCCCCAUCCGACGCCGGCUUUGGCGGGGGAUACAUGGGUACAGUUGCUGGACAACUUCGAAUAUUACGGCGUCGCUAUGCCCUCAUAUGUUACACCUAUGGCAUAUGGUUCGUUCACACAGCUGCGAGCAACUUACGUUGGCGGAUCCGGCAUCUGGUGCGAUACGAAGAGAUCGGGAGGCACCGUGUGGCAACAGUGCUGCUGUGGGUACACUGGGUCCUUCGAAUUCAUGAAGAAUGGAGGGUACAUCUUGUCACAGAGCCAGUGGGGCACGUUGCCGUCCCAGUGCACAGUGUCUGGGUACACAAUCACUUGCAGUAUCAAUUUUGCGCUGUCUAGCGGCGAUCUGAUCCUCGCCACUUGGAUGGAGCCUUCCCGGGGAGUGUCGCUUGCUGACAAUGGUGGCAGCAUCGUGGUGGACGUGUACGGUUAUGGAACGACAUCGCAAGGUUGGUCCAAAAUAUACCAGAUCCAGGAUGGCGAUAGGGGGUCCUAUUCAUUCCCCAUGACGACCGGCGCUUACGGUAGCAUUUCUUCGGCGAUCGGCUCAAGUCAUGCAAAGUUGUCUGAUUAUGAUAUCAAUUCCAUGGCGGUGGCGAGGGACGGUUACUCGCACGUGUACCAAAUCAAGAGUUCGGAUUGCGCUUCUUACCUGUACGUUAAGUCGAACGACGCUUAUGUUGACACAUCGCCAUCAUUCGGCCUUACUCAGGGCAACACCUUGGUUGGGCUCGGGACUUCGUACGGGGCGGUGUCGACAUGGGCCACUUUAAAAUCUACCAGCCACGGCAUAGAUUUACUCUACACCAGCCCCAAUCUCGGUGGGGAGACGUGCUGCCGUUAUUUCUUCGGGCAUGGGUCAGUCGACUGUUGGGGUGGCCCCUCGGGUUACCGCUGCGUCAACGGUGGGUCGUCGUGCUCGAAUUAUAAGAAGCUGGAAGACGUCGCGUUCUACAUUUGGGCGGGCGGAUCGACGUACAGUCCGACGUCCUACCCGACCCCCCGCCCAACGUCGUUCCCGACGGCCUACCCGACGCCAGACCCGACGCCUUAUCCGACGCCAGGUCCGACGCCCUAUCCGACGAAAUAUCCAACGCCAAACCCGACGCACAGCCCGACUCCAAGCCCGACGUUAUACCCGACGCCGUUUCCAACGCCAAGCCCCACGGAGAGCCCGACGGCGAGCCCGACGCCAAACCCGACGGCGAGCCCGACGGCAACCCCGACGGCAACCCCGACUGCAUAUCCAACGCCAAGUCCGACGCCAAGACCGACGCCAUUCCCAACGCCGAUCCCGACAUCUGCACCCACCUACCCCCCGCUUGGGGAUCUUGCAUCAUCGGGCACUUGCAGCUGCUCCAGCCCCCCCUGCGGCUGCAACUGUUGGGACUGCACACAAGAGCGUCAAGCUGCUGGAUGCUGCAGCUGCGGGACUGCUUCGAGUUGUGGUUAUGCAGAUACGGUUUCUUCCGUGUGCGACGGUUGCAAUGGUUGUUGGCGCAAUGGCAAGUGUGGUUGCAGCACAGAUUCGGCUACUUGGCCCUACUACGAGGCGUUCGGUCUCACUUGCUCGAGUGAUAGAGGCAGCUACCUGCCCUACCACUACGUGUCACCGACGCCAGAUCCAACGCCAAACCCGACGCCGAGUCCGACACCAUUGCCACCUGGCUUCACGCAGUCUGCGGCCCAGAGCCUGACGCCGAGCCCGACGCCAAGCCCUACGCCAAGCCCGACGCUUUCGGAUGCGCAGAAAACUUGCGGGUGCCCGAGCCCACCUUGCGGUUGCAAUUGUUGGGAUUGCACAGAAGCGCGCAAAGCUGCUGGAUGUUGCAGCUGUGAGGAUGGUUGUGGCUACUUCGAUCUCGCGGGUUCUAAGUGCACCGAUUGCAAUGGUUGUUGGCACGGCGGCCUCUGUGGUUGCAGCACAGAGAAGUCUACUUGGCUCUACUACAGGGCAUUUGGUCUCACGUGCUCGAAUGAAACGGGCAGUUACUUGUCCAAUUACGCACAGAUCGCUGGUGAGUACACCACGGAGGAAACACUUCCAGAUGGUGUGACUGCGGAGGACCUCAUGAGUUCCAUUACAUAUGUGGCCGCUAAAAAGACGGGUCUGGCUAACUCUCUGAACGUGCCUGCUUCCGACAUUGAAAUCACGGGUUUCGUCAUCACGAGUCAUCCCGAUCGGAUCCCGUUUGCUGCCCGUCAGCUCUCGCAGGACUCACACGUCACCGUGACGACGCAAUUCACGGUGCAGAUCGCUGGCAGCAACAGCGCCGCAUCCCUCAGUGCCGCGAUUGCCGGAAUGUCUGCCGCCGUUGCGGCCGAGACGAACAUUGCAAUGGCUGCUGCUGACUGGAGUGGUGAGCCUGUCAUCACCGUGGCCCCUACGCUGACGGCUCCCUCCGUCGGCGCCGCGGCUUCGACUGCGGGAGUCACCGGUGCUCCCACGCCGGUUCCUGUGAUCAUUGGGGCCAGCAUGGGCGCCGUCGCGGGCACCGGCGACCCCCACUUGCAGAACAUCCUCGGCGAGCGCUUCGACCUCCUGCAGGCGGGACGGCACGUCCUGCUCCAGAUCCCGAGGGGCGCGCGCCCCGAGGGCACCCUGCUGCGCGUCGAGGCGGAGGCGCAGAGGCUCGGGGAGCUGUGCGCGGACAUGUACUUCCAGGAGCUGAACCUCACGGGAAAGUGGGCGGAGGCAAAGCAGACUGGUGGCCUCCGAUACCGCGCAGCAGGGGCCACUACCGAGGAUCCCAGGUGGAUGCAGUUUGGGAAGGUGGACCUCAAAGUCGUUCACGGACGGACGAUGGAGGGGUUCCACUACCUCAACGUCUACGCGAAGCGCUUGCGCCGUGCUGGGUCUCCUGUCGGAGGCUUGCUGGGCGAGGACGAUCACAGCAAGGAAGCGACCUCCCCUCAGAAUUGCAAGCAUCGUCGAAUGAGCCUGUUGGAGCCGAAUCACGGCCCGAGCAGGCCGGCCGCCUCCAGCAUGGAGCUCAGCUGGGCCAGCCUGGCCUGAGAUGCGUGCCCCGCCCCUUUUGAUCCUCCUCCUGGGCUGGGCGCACCGCUUCAUAAUGUUCUGGUGAGCCAUUUUCUGGGCCAGACUUUUCUUCAACGACUUCUGGACUUCGUCCUGAUGUGCGCUCUGCACUCACGGCAGUACGGUGUUCCGUCGGCGCGUCAAUCUGCAUGCCAUUCGCGCCUGGGCGUGCUGUGCUGCCAGGUUGAGAUUCAGUUGACAUGCGUAUGCGGCCAGCUGAACUAAACAAACAAAUCAACUCCAAGGCCCCAAGGUUAACUGCAGACCGCACUGGAGGUUCAGCUAGAUCUCUAAUCUGCUUUCAAAUAGCUUUGGCAACCGUCGGGCAGGACGCGAUGAUCUUGGCUUUGCUCCCAGAUAUGCUACUUCCCAUCUACUCCCUCAAGGCCUACUCGGUCGAGUCCGAAUCCUGGGCGAUGGUUUCGAUGACUUCCUGUGGAUUGCCCCUGGCCGAGCCCCCGUAGUCGUCGUUGAACACUUUCAAAUGGAGACCCCUGGGCACCUCGGACAGGGCAUGGUUGAUAGGCAGCGCGAGGAACAUGCGGACAAAGGUAGAGGUCAUGGAGCAUCCAGCAACCCCUCCGUUGGUGGCUCACAUGGGCUUAGUCUCUAGGUUCAGGAACCUGGGACAGCGACAAUGUGAAUUGGCCAGCCGUGCUAGAGGAAGACGGACACCGACCUUGUCGCAACGGGAGGAGAUCAAGCCUAUGCUCAUGAGCUCGUAGAGUUUGCGUAUGUCCCAGAAAAGUGGCAGCAGCAUCUCCAGGAGGUAAGCGUGCUCUGGUCGGAGCAGCUGGCGCCAAACCGCGCCAGCUGCUGGCACAACGAUGUGCUGCCCGCCAGAUUGCCUCUGUACGUAGAACUUUUUCUCCCCAGUCGGUGCAGCAGCUUCUUGCUCGUCUACCCCGCAGGCUGUGGCUGGAGCAGCGUGCCUAUAGGGGUCGGAGCCCGCAUGCGGCCUCUGCUUGGGGGAGCGCCCGAGGAG